ACAACUUUCCUAACCGCCCCUAAAAAAAAAAAAAAUUACAAUUCCCCUAAACCAACUUAAGCACUUGCAUUUAUAUCACGCAAAAAUCCCUGACUCUUCACAUCUUAUUCUAAACUUGUUUUUCUCUCUUCCUUCUCAUUUCAUCAUAAUAUAAUUCAAAGCAAUGGAGUCGCAGAGAAUUCUUCUCUUCAUCUCCAUUGCAACUCUUUUCACCGCAACUUUCCUCCUGAAUUCUUCUUCAGCUCUCAAGCAAGGAGAAACAUGCGCAACAAACAAGAACUGCGACUCAGGGUUGCACUGCCAGACAUGCGUAGCGAACGGGAAUUUACGCCCUCGUUGCACCAGAAUAAAACCCAUAAACCCCAUUUCUCAAAUGAAAGGCCUUCCGUUUAAUCGGUAUUCAUGGCUGACGACGCACAAUGCGUUUGCGAGGCUGGGGAAAAGUGUGGCUCCCUCUAACCAGCAGGACUCCAUUACCGAUCAGCUCAACAAUGGUGUACGAGGGUUCAUGCUUGAUAUGUAUGACUUCAGAAACGACAUUUGGCUGUGUCACUCCUUCGGCAGCAAGUGCUAUAACAUUACUGCUUUUCAACCUGCCAUUAAUGUCCUCAAGGAAGUUCAAACAUUUCUUGAAUCAAACCCAUCAGAAAUAAUCACCAUUAUCAUUGAAGAUUACGUGACAUCCCCAAAGGGCCUUAGCAAAGUGUUUGAUGCAGCUGGACUAAGGAAAUAUUGGUUUCCGGUAUCAAGAAUGCCCAAAAAUGGUGGUAAUUGGCCAACAGUUGAUGAUAUGAUCCAAAAGAAUCAACGUUUGGUUGUUUUCACUUCUAAAUCAAGUAAGGAGGCUUCCGAGGGCAUUGCCUAUCAAUGGAGAUACAUGGUAGAAAACCAAUAUGGAAAUGGAGGAAUGAAAAACGGGUCGUGCCCGAACCGGGCAGAAUCACCCGCCAUGAAUACAAAAAGUAGAUCGUUGGUGCUAAUGAACUUUUUCAGAGACAAUCCAGAUUUGCCUCAAUCUUGCAAGGACAAUUCUGCUCCAUUACUUAACAUGGCUAAUACUUGUUAUGAAGCUGCUGGUAAAAGAUGGCCCAACUUCAUUGCAGUUGAUUUUUACAAGAGAAGUGAUGGUGGUGGGGCCCCUGCAGCUGUAGACGUUGUGAAUGGCCAUUUGGUUUGCGGAUGUGGGAACAUUGCCUAUUGCAAGGCAAACGGGACAUACGGAGUAUGUGACCAACCCGAGGCUGAAGCUACACCUAAAGGCGGAUCCUCACAAAAGUCAGGCGUUGGGGACUUAAAUAGGAAACCUCUUCAAUUGCGGUUGUUAUUUCUGACACUUCUUCUGGUCAUAUUCUUUUAAAUCUCAUUACUGUAGAAAUUUGCCACUUAUCUUACCAGGAAUCAAAUGAAAAGGACAUUGAAAAAGAAAAAGAAAUCAUCUAUUUUUAGCCCAAAGAAGUUGAAACAUAGUGCCACUGCCAAAUGGGACUCAUGUGAUUAUCUGAUCACUAAGCACGCGCGUGUGUGUAUAUAUAUAUAUAUAUAUAUAUAGUGGUUAUUCUGCUUUUUAAUAGUUUAACGUGAGAUACAUAAAACUUAGUGACUGUCUGGAACAGCCUUCGGAGGUCAAUAUUUUUUCGUCAUUGUGUAAGUGGAGCUUA